AUGGAAGGAGAAGGUAAGAAAGAAGCCUGGAGCAUAGAACAAGGCCAGAUAAAGGGUGACCAAGAUCAUGAAUUUUCCCUCCCAUCUGCUCAUACCAUUGGCCCUGAUUCAUGGCAACAAGUUGGCUUCAUGCUGGCAACAAGCUUCAAUUGUCGAUACAUUUUGAGUUUCUCAAAUCUUAUGCUGGUGCCAUUGGGCUGGACAUGGGGUGUCGUAUGCAUGGUGGUUGUAGGGUUCUAUUCUCUCUAUGUCAACUGGCUUUUGGCUGCUUUUCACUUCAACAAUGGCCAGAUGUUCAUCAGAUACAGAGAUCUCAUGGGAUAUUUAUACGAUGUGGAGAAAAAUGUGUUACUUCACUUGGGUUUUACAAUUUGUGACCCUACUUCUAGGAAAUAUGGGUUUCAUUCUCCUUGGUGGAAGAGCACUGAAGGAAAUCAACUCAGAAUUCAGUCACUCUCCAUUGAGGCUCCAAUGGUCACCGGAGUGACGUUCUUCAUAUUUGCAUUUUUUAUUCCAAUAAUUUCUGCAAUGAGAGGUUGGCUGGAAGCCUCUACCAUCGUCACCUUCGCUUACAUUGCCAUACUCUUGGUGGUGGUGGUUAAAGAUGGGAAGACUAACAAACAGAGAGAUUAUGCAAUCCACGGAAACAAAUCAACUCUGCGGAAGCCAGCAGUCACAAAUAUGAAGAAAGCAUUAUAUGUGCAGUUUAGUGGGGGGAUCUUAUUUUACUGGGCUUGUGGCUCAAAAGUAUCUGAAAACCUUCCUAAUGAGCUAAGUGGUCCUAAAUGGGCUAAGGUUCUUAUAAAUGCUGCUGUCUUUCUACAAUCCAUAGUCUCCCAACAUAUGUUCGUUACGCCAAUUCAUGAGGCCAUUGAUACCAAGUUCCUCAAACUCGAUAAGUGCAUGAACACAAAAGAAAAUUUGAAGCGCAAAUUCUUCCUAUGA